UCUCACUAGAGCUCUUGCAAGGAAGAUGGCUGACGAAGCUAAUUUAGAUAAUUUAGAGAAGGUAGCUCUGGAAAAUCGUGUUGAAAAUAUGGAAAAUACUUUGAAGGAAUUGAUGGCUUCCGUCCAAUCUCUUCAAGCAACCUUAGUCACAAGGCCACCUUUGACAACAAAUCCCUUGUUUAAAGGAAAUGUUUCUGUGGCAAAUCUCCCUAUCGCCACAUCUACUCUUGGAAAGGAGCCACUGUCAUCUUGUCCACCAAAUCCAACUAUUGAGGAUGAAGACAAGGCAAUUAAAGCGAAGUUGCAAUUAAUGGAGGAAACACUAAAAUCGAUGCAAGGUGUCCAAACCAAUAAAUCGGUUGACAUCUCAUCUUUGUGCUUUUUCCCAAACAUUCAACUGCCCCAUAAGUUUAAAUUGCCUGAAUUUGAUAAGUACAAUAGCACUGGUUGUCCUUAUGCCCACUUAACGAUGUAUUGUAGGAAGAUGGCUCCUUAUGCCAAUGAUGAGAAGCUAAUGAUACAUUACUUUCAGGACAGUCUGAUAGGUCUUGCAGAUGCUUGGUUCCUUACUUUAGACAAAAGUAAGGUCAAAAGUUGGCAUGAUUUGACUUACAAUUUUAUGAAGCAAUAUGAAUACAAUACAUCACUAGCUUCUAGUAGAGAAGAUCUUCAAAGGACAAAGAAGAAAUCAAGUGAAAGCUUUAAGGAAUUUGCUCAAAGAUGGCGUGGAUUGGCUGCUCGAGUUCAAUCACCACUAACUGAUCAUGAAUUGAGUAAUUUAUUCAUUAAAUCAACUAAAGGGCCUUAUCGUGAAAAGUUGAUGACUUGUGUAAAUUACACUUUCGCUCAGUUGGUUAUUAUGGGAGAACAAGUGGAGGAUGGAAUCAAGUCUGGAAUUAUUAUGGAUUAUCAAGCAAUGAAGAGUAUUCUUGAACAAUACCAAAAUGGUAGUUCAAGGGUUUCUAGUUCGAAGAAAGUGGGUCAAAAUCAAAACGAGAAUGAGAAUGGCACUAUAAGCUUACUUUAUGAAACAUAUGGGAGAAAGAAUCAACCACGUCCUCAAGGGCAAUUCAAUAAUUCUUUCCAAGCUCCAACUUAUCAAUUGACAGUUUGUUCAAGACAGCCAAGGCUACUUUAUGCCUCUGGUAUCAAUCGUUCGCAACAAAAAGUGAGACGACAUUUCAACAAGCUUCCUUUGUCAUACAAUGAAGUGUUUCAACAAUUGGUAGUAGCUAGUCUUGUUACUCUCGUACAUAUGGUGCCAUUAAAUCCACCAUUUCCAACAUGGUAUAACCCACAAGCGAGAUGUGAAUACCAUAGUGGAAGUGUUGGACAUGACCUUGAAAAUUGUCUUGCUUUAAAGCACCGUAUCCAAGAUCUGAUAGAUGCAAAAGGAGUUACAGAUUGCAUCAGAACCAAAGGUCAAGAGGUGGCUGCAGUUACUGUCACCAAUCAAGUUUCAUCAACUCCUAGACAACCUUUAAUAUUGAAGGGACCAACGCUUAUAGUUCCACUCAAACAAGGUUGAUCUUAGAACUGCUAUUGAUGAGGGCUUGAAUAAGUGAACAAUGGAGUUUUUCCCUAUUGCUAUCAUUUUGGAAUGAAAUUUGUCUAUCAUGUUAGUCUUUAUUUGCAUUUUCCAAACUCUUUUCAUAUUGCAAUUUGAAUCUUUGUUCUUCAUGUUUUAAUUGAUAGUUAUUCAGUUCUUGAUUUUAUACUUCCAUGAGUUGCAUUAUUAAUGAACUUGAAUUCAAUUU